UGAUUUGGCAAUCAUCUGUCACUCUUCUAACACUGAGAGAAAAAGGAAUGAGAAGAGAGUUAUCAAAAGCGCAGCCAUUAAUGUCAGAAGAAAGUGAUUGCAGUGUCAAAAAUAGCCCAAUUUGAGUGUUUUAACGCUUGGCUGCCAAAUAAAGGUUACGCUAUGGUCUACUGAUUGCCAUAGCAGGUGAGCAGUGCAUUCCCGUGGCAUGGAUGAUAGCAACACUAAGAAAAUUGAAAGUUUGGGAAAAAUGACGGCGAUGUCGCAGGAAGAGAUCGUCUCAGCUGUGCGAACGGUGGCUCAGGGGUUGGAGGCGCUCCGCUCAGAGCACGCCGGCAUCCUCCAUGGCCUCCACGAAGCCCCCGAUCCGGUGGCCAAUGAACGCGCCGGUCUGGUGCAACAAAGUGCAGAAAUGAUCGAAUUGGGACUGGGAGAAGCGCAAGUGAUAAUGGCCUUGGCCAACCACCUCCAAUUAAUCGAGGCCGAAAAACAAAAACUGCGAACUCAAGUGCGUCGCUUAUGCCAAGAAAACGCAUGGUUAAGAGACGAAUUGGCCUCCACCCAACAAAGACUCCAAGCAAGCGAACAGACCGUGGCCCAAUUAGAAGAAGAAAAACGUCAUUUGGAAUUUAUGAGCUCCGUUAGUAAAUACGAUCAGGACGUCAACGACGACAACACUAGCGAGCACUCACGAAGCGAAAAACCAGAUCCGGUCGUCGAUCUUUUCCCAGACGAUGAUAACGAGGAUCGAAAUAAUAUGUCACCAACGCCACCCAAUCAAUUGCAACUUUCACAACAAGUGAAUGCCGGAUAUGAAAUUCCGGCACGACUUCGCACGCUGCAUAACUUGGUGAUUCAAUACGCCUCUCAAGGACGGUACGAAGUGGCUGUGCCGUUAUGCAAGCAGGCACUGGAGGAUUUGGAAAAAACAAGCGGACAUGACCAUCCAGACGUCGCCACGAUGCUGAAUAUCCUAGCUUUGGUCUAUCGGGAUCAAAAUAAGUACAAAGAGGCGGCGAAUUUGUUAAACGAUGCUUUGGCAAUUCGCGAGAAAACUUUGGGGGAGAACCAUCCGGCCGUCGCUGCCACUCUUAACAAUUUGGCUGUUUUGUACGGGAAAAGGGGCAAGUACAAGGAGGCCGAGCCUCUGUGCAAACGCGCCUUAGACAUACGAGAGAAAGUGCUAGGGCGCGACCAUCCCGACGUCGCCAAACAGCUGAACAACCUCGCUUUGCUCUGCCAGAAUCAGGGCAAAUACGAGGAGGUGGAGAAGUAUUACCAGCGCGCGCUGGAGAUUUACGAGAAGCGGCUGGGCCCCGACGACCCCAACGUCAGCAAAACAAUGAACAAUCUGGCUUCUUGCUAUUUGAAGCAGGGCAAGUACAAAGAAGCCGAAGUCCUAUACAAGCAAAUCCUGAACCGGGCACACGAGCGCGAGUUCGGAACAAUCGAUGGUGAUAACAAACCGAUUUGGCAAGUGGCGGAGGAACGCGAAGAGAAUAAAGCCAAGAACAGGGAGAACGCUCCAUAUGGGGAGUAUGGUGGGUGGCAUAAGGCGGCCAAAGUUGAUUCGCCAACGGUGACGACCACUUUGAAAAAUCUAGGGGCGCUGUACCGCAGACAGGGGAAGUACGAAGCUGCGGAAACUUUGGAGGAUUGUGCGUUGCGAAGCAGGAAAGAGCAUGUGCAACAACAGGCUUUGGACAUCGUGAAACACUCCAAAGUGGCCAACAUCCUUGGCGAUAUGGACCGCCGUAAGGCUGGGAGCGUAAAAGACAAAACCUCGCGUCGUGGUUCCCGGGAAUCGCUUGACAUGUCGUACGACGGUGAGGAGUGGCGACACCAACGGUCCGAAUCGCUGGGAUUGGUCAAAUCCUUGAGCAGAUCCAUCACUUCUUUGACCAAAAUAUUGACCUCGGAUAGCGACUCGAAACGGAAUAAACCGCUGUGAAGGCCGCUUUUCAACAUGUAACAUCAUUAUUAACACUUUUGCUUCAGAAUAUUAGGCUCGCAUGAAGUGUUAAUAAACCACUUUCCGUGCAUGUGCAAUAACCGAAACAUUCCAUAAUCAAAUUAAGACUUUCCGUUCAUUAUCACUAGUUGUAGGGUUUAUUGUCGGGUGAUUUGCUAAGCUAUUUUUACUGUGCUUUUGCUACACAUGUAAUGUGACAAAUGACCAAUAAAUAAUCAAUAACUGUUUAA